UUUUCGGUCAAUAUUCGUCAUUGCAUUUAACAGUCAAUUAAUGCACGACAUAAACAUCAAUACUAUAAGAAAAUACUAAAAGAUUGCUGCUCAGCAAGUUUAACAUUUCGCGUUAACAGUAAAAUCGUUUAACACUAGCGCGACAGCAGUGCAUAAUGCUCUGGGUAGUUACAAUUUGAAAUAAACAAAAGAUGCCCAGGGAACAAAGCAAAAUAUGUCUCGAAUUUUUAUGCCUUCUCGAAUUGAAAUCAAUAUAACUGACCAAAGGGCACAACAAAUUCUGUUCAAAUCUCUAACGCCUCCUGUUGCCAAGAUGAAUACGGAAGACAAUCUAGCAAACGCAGUGGUCAUCGAUAAUGGAUCUGGGAUUUGCAAGGCCGGUUUCUCAACUGAGUCGACGCCCCGCGUUGUCUUUCCAUCAAUUGUGGGUAGGCCACGCCAUUUAAAUGUCAUUUUGGACUCGGCUAUCAAUGAUUGCGUCAUUGGCGACAAUGCGGUCAGGAAGCGAGGAAUUUUGACGCUAAAGUAUCCAAUCGAGCAUGGCAUAGUAACUAAUUGGUCCGACAUGGAAAAGAUAUGGAAUCACACAUUCGAGAAGCUACGUGUCGAAUCUGAAGAACAUCCCGUCCUUCUCACUGAGCCGCCAUUGAAUCCCAAAAAGAAUCGAGAAAAAAUGACCGAAAUUAUGUUUGAGAAUUUUCGAGUACCUGCAUUAUACGUGGCCAUUCAAGCCGUGCUUUCACUUUAUGCCACUGGUCGUACUAUUGGCAUUGUUGUUGAUUCCGGAGAUGGCGUUACUCACACUGUGCCCAUCUACGAAGGCUACGCUUUGCCUCAUGCGUGCAUGCGCAUGGAUUUGGCUGGUCGUGAUUUAACCGACUACAUGGGUAAAUUACUAAUGGAACGCGGUCUCACAUUGAGCACCAGUGCUGAGCGUGAAAUCGUCAGGGAAAUUAAAGAGAAACUGUGUUACGUAGCCACCAACUUCGAUGAGGAACUCCAACAGUUCGGAAUCAACAAGAGUGAACUGAACACAACAUACGAGCUGCCCGAUGGCCAAAAGAUAAUCAUUGGCAGCGAGUGCAUUCGAUGCCCAGAGGCGCUGUUUAAGCCUAGCAUGCUUGGCCAAGAGACGCCGGGUCUCCAUGAGGCCAUCUACAAUUCGAUUAUCAAGUGUGAUAUGGAUUUGCGCAGGGAUAUGUAUUCUAAUAUCGUACUUUCGGGUGGUACUACCAUGUUCCGCAACAUCGAGAUACGUCUGCAGCAGGACAUUUCGACAAUGGCGCCGUCAACAAUGCGCAUCAAAAUUACAGCCAAUCCUGAGCGUUGCUUUGCUGUCUGGUCGGGUGGCUCAGUUUUGGCGUCGCUGUCUAGUUUCCAAAAUAUGUGGAUCGAUGCAUCAGAAUAUGAUGAGGUUGGUCCGAGCAUAAUACACCGCAAGUGUUUCUAGGAAAUUUAAUUCGAAUGUUAUUUACACUGACUCUAUUAGUUCUAUAUAUUUUAUAUAUACAUAUGUACAUAUGUUUAAAUUACAAAAGGCCAAAAAAUUUAUAAUUUAAUAAA